GAAAGGCCGUUAAGGAUCCGGUUUGCUGAUCGCUGCUCAGGGUACAGACCCAGCAACUGUUCAUACGUGUCGGCCUACGUGUACAGAGAGGAUUUGGCCGGCUUAGUCAGGGUUUGUUACUCUCUCUCCAAGGGCCAAUUUCGGCGUAGCCGUCGCUGUUACUUAGAUGCUUGCUUGUUUGUUUUGGGAUUCUUUCGGUGGAUGCUGUCGUGUUGAAAAAAAAUCGUUUUGACUCAGGAGGCUUCACUUACAAGACAAUCUCUCGAAAACGUAACACAUUCAGGGUGGGGUGCCUGCUUCAGUUUCCGUUUUCCAGUCACUUUAUCCUCGUGCAGAAAUCGCACCACGUUUCAUUUUUCCAGAGUUUAAAUCGCAACGGUUUUUCUGAAAGAAAACCCGAUUUCCCUUGGCACACUCUCCAACUGUCCUGGUGAAAAACAGUGUCGAAACCUGAUCAGAUUUACGUUUAACCAGCUUUACAAACAAGAAAGAGAUUUAAACGCAAGGUAUUCGUCGCGAAGCAGCUUCCGAACCUGUCGGACGAACUCCCGCUUGUCAACUGGCUGUCCGGUUUCGAAAGUGGUGAAGACGUGCCUCAACAGCCCGCUCUGUGGAGAGUAAAAGCCUAGGGCUUCAUAAUGGGACUUCGACCGCCGGCGUCUCUGCUUUUUCUUGGUGUUUUACUCUGUGCUUCUUACGUUGUCUUACCCGGGACAGCCACAGAUUCCGUGAUUAUCGGCACCACCUCGUACCCGAUGGGCCGGCGCUCCGCCGAAUGCGCUCGGAUAGUGGCCCAGUCCAAACCCAAACGGCCCAGCUUAGCCAUGGUGCGCUGCAUGAACGCGAUGACUACGUCCCUAGAGCCAGGGUCACCUGUCAUCGCCUCAUACAGCCCCAGUUUCAUCUCCAGAUACGAAGGAGACGAUGUCCUCCUGUCCUGCACGGUCAAGGACAAGGACGACCACACCGUGUCCUGGACGUUCCUGGGCUCCACGCCAAUAUCCCUCUUCCACGAGACAAAUCGAGUCCACCGCGACAGGAGAUUUAAGAUUGAGUCGGACGGCAACAGCACCUACAACCUCCGCAUCACCGGCAUAAUGCGUGAUGACCAAGGCAAGUACCUUUGCCAGGUAAACACCCUGCCGCGGCCAACGACCCUCAACAUCACGCUGCAGGUUGUUGUCGCGCCAGAAAUACUAGGUAUCUUCCCUGUAUCUGGGGCAACGCCCACCUUGGAGAAAAACAACAGCAACCGGUUUGCCUACAACGAGUCCGAUGACGUCAUGCUGACGUGCCAGGCUGUGGGGUCACCAGAACCACGCAUUACGUGGCGAUUCAUGGUGAAUACCAGCUUCAACAUUGUGCUGUCCACAAGCGCCACCUUGAGCAUACCGAAUAUAAAGCGGGAACAGGCUGGUGUCUAUACGUGCACAGCGGAGAACGGUUACCGGGAGUUUCCCAAAGAGCGCUGGAUAACCAUUAACGUGCAGUUCAAACCAGAAGUUGUUGCCGAUGAGCAAGACAUCAGGUGCGGCGAGGGGGACUACCGCCAGCUACGAUGUCAGGUCAAGGCGAUACCGCCGGCUACUUUCACGUGGAUUAAGGAUAAUGAGUUACUAAGUGGGCGAGAUGUCUCCCUAAAAUCGAAGAUGCUGCAGUCCGUAGAUUGCGGGAACAGAACUAGUUUUGUCCUCGUGAGUGUGAAUCCAGAGGCGGACUACGGUGUAUACAGAUGCCAGGCCACGAACAUGCUGGGAACAUCAGAAGAUGUGAUUGAAGUUAGCGGCCGUCUUCGCGAGCCGAAAAUUGUCAGCGAUCCAGUCGGCACCCGGCGCCAUUCUUACAAGCUCGUCUGGGUCAUGGGGAGUCGCACGCAGCAGUUGCAGGGAAUGGCAGGGUACACGCCCAUUGAUGGCUACACGUUGUCAUACUAUGGCUGGUGGUUUCAGGAAAACGAGAUGGGUGAGAUAGAGAAGGUCUUCUCCCACAGCCCUGAGGCUCCCCUGGAGGUUGACAUACCCCAUGACCCGGAACUGGUUCGACAAUCUUACGUCCUCCGUGACCUUAAGUCCAAUGUCCCCUACGUGGCCAUUCUCCGGGGAUACAAUCGAUAUGGCGACGGUGACAGCGUAACAUUCACGUUUAACACAUCACAGGAGAAACCUUCCAGCACUGCACAAGUCAAUACAUGGUUGACAACGACAGCUGCCGCAAAGAAAACGAUUGCUGUAAGAGAACUAACUACUGCUUCAGCAAACCGAGCCAGCUUCGAGCCGUGGAAGAGUGCUGGAUCCUCACAACACUGCGCAUGCACAGAGACUGUCAUCUUCAUCGCAGCCCUGUGGAUACUACUCAGAUCUUCGUAGUUAGUUGUAUCGUACAAACAAGUUCCCCUAAGAGUUUAAUUUAAAAACACUAUAGUCGAAAUCGACAUGUAACUUCGAGGUCUAGAAUCACGUUUCAUACUUGACUUAUUUCCCCUCAACGCGAAGGUUACGGCCUACAGGCAUUGACUUUUGACACUCAACAUAUUUUCGUUCGAUACAUGCUCAAAAAAUUGGAUGAAAAGGAUGCAGGAAGUUAGUACGUCUUACUUUUCCACUAGUAGCUGAUUUGCUAAAGAAGUGCAUAAGAAAUGAUAGCAUAUCAACAUAGGUGAAAUCAGCACUAUCUUUAUAAUCCAAGGAGACCCUUUAACAAUAUGCCUAUUGCACUCACACGUCCGUGAUCUUGACACUUGCGUGCAUUUGGCGUAUCGUAUUUGUUUUUGUUUUUGGUACUCACCGAAUAGGUGCGCCAUAAGCGCACGAGUAUGUGCGCGUUUGACGCAGGACGCGCGUUUAUACCAGCUUGUAUGGUCUUUGCGUACACGCAGAACGCAUGCAUGCAAGAACCCACUUGUAACCACCCGUCUUUCUUUCGCCGAUUGGGGGUGCACUUGAGCUCAGGGCGGAUUAGUUAAAGGGGCAUGUAAUGUGCACGUGUCACUGGUCCUUCAACGGUGAGCCACCACAGUAAAGAGGCUGCUAAUUCCUGUUGUCGAAUUAAACUGUAGGUUUAUGUUUGAUGUACUUCACAUCUCUGCACAUUGCCUUUUGAGGUACGGUGUCCUAGUGGUGUUGGAUAAACAGUUUGACAGCAGCAGGAGGUCCUUCAAUUAAUCCAAGCCAGUUUUGGAAUACCGUUUAUUUUCUAAAAAUUGUCUGAAUAUGGUGUUAAGGUUAAUGGAAAAAAUACGGCACAUGAAGAAAAUACGAAUUUUUGAAGUAUCAAAAACGCUAUCACAUAUCCUUAAAACUGCUAGAGGGAAAAUCAAAGCAUUCUGAAAUUCUGCUUCUUUGUACAUUUUGACCUUUGCUCUAAAACUACUCUAAAAUGCAUUAGACUUAUAAACUAACCCUUUGACACCUGAGCUAAAACAGGUUGAUAAAUAAUAAUAAUAAUAAUUGAUAUUAAUUUAUUCAUUCAUAAAGCGCAAAUUGUAUAUAGAUAGUUCAAAUGCGCUGUACAAUGAAGACAUUAAGCGUCACUGAAUCAGCUCCAGAUCAUAACCUUCACUCUGUGUUGGAAACAUGGAGUUGUUUUCCGUUACAUGAGAAAUUACAAGCUGCCAUGGGCCAUCUAACACUAUAUGUACAUGUAUAUAAUGUGGAAAUGUAAAUGGUUGACUUCCCAGCUGCAAGUCGCUACCGUGCUCAUGCAAUAGCGCCACCACUGCUGGAACCAGGCGCUGCAUUAGCCAUUGCCAGAGGAUAUCAAGAGUUACCAAUUGGAAGGGGCUGGAGAUUCUGAAAACACAAUGUGGGCCCCGAGAAAUUGAAAUCGGGAUAAUGGAAAUAGAACUAAAAAACAAGGGAAAAAAAACCCCAAAAAAAAGGCAUCGGUAUGAAUCGGCGAUAAAAGCUCUUAGUCCUUUUGAAUAAUAUGUUGCACACUGCAUGGUAUUUCUAAGUCAAAUGUUAAUUGGGUAAAUUUAAUAUAAAUAGGGACUUAUACAUUCUGUGAAACAAAAUAUAUUCUGGCCAAGAACAGGAAAAGUGGCAUAAGGAAAAGUAAGUGUGGGGUAAAUUCAAAUUGAGCAAGAAAUAGGCCUUGUUCAGAUUUAAAUAACAUCAAGAGAUAUGAUUGGUUGCAGCAAUCUCCUGCGUGAUGCAGAGAAUUUAAAAGGCUCAUUUUUACAUGUGUGUAAAAAAUUGUAUGGUGAAUUAAAAAUGGGCUAUUCUGUUCUACCUGCUUUUGUUUUGUGAGUGAUAUUGUGACCAUUUCUUUUAAUUAAAACUGUCCGGACAGUAAUCUCUGGAUGUAAUGGCUGAUAAACACGUAUUUCUACUCGGAAAAGUUCAAUCUAAUUUGAAAUCUGAGUGAUCCUAUCUGGCUUACUUCCAUCUAUACAUUGUCAGUAUUAUUCAAUUUUUAAUCACGAUGGUAAUGCUCUUUGAAUAGAAUACAAACUGCGAAAAUAUUUAAAUGAUUGUUACUGUAAUGACCUCAAAGCUCCUUACGUCGUUCGUGCAACAUCUCAAGAGGUGUUACAAAUGGUGUAGUGUUCAUUGUGCAAAUGAGCGAAAUUUAUUUAGUGAUGAAGGAGAUGCAGCACUAUAACAUGCUUGGUUGAUGCUUCAAUAACAGUGAAUCCUAUACUUGUGGCACAAAAUUGAUAGUUUUAAGACAUAAACCAACAACUUUUUUUCUUUUUUUUUUUGCGUGUAAAAUGCAUCUGGUGCACAAAAUAAAGAACUGAAUAUCUAAGUAUCUUUCUUAAGUACAGUUAAACGGGAAACCUCCGUUGGUGUAAUAAACUAAUUUUCACAACUACUACAAA